AUCGCAUGGUAGGUGAGUGUGGGGAGACAGCGGUGUCCUUCCUAUUAAUUAGAGAUCUAGGGAGAUGGGGAGUUCUGCGUAGAAUAAGAAAUUGAGGUGGCAGCGCGGCAGCCGACACCUAUUUAUUUAAAAAGACUCUUUUGCAUUCUGUACAAUAAAUGACUCUGUGUGUGCUGUUUCUACCUUCUUUGGAUAGUAUCAGCAGCACGUAUCAAACACCUUACCAGCUCCUGCGAGCUUUGUUUCUGGCUUGUCGCCUUCCCUCAAGAUAUUAGGAUUCCCUGGGCUGGUUUUAUGAUGGACUUGCCACACCCUUUCCCGGUUCCUGGUGGCUCUGAGCGAUCCAGACCGGCCGCUGCUGCAUGGGUAAUGAGUCGCUCUGCACACUUUGCCGCUUUCCGAACCUCUGCCACCCACCCCAUAACGUCAUAUCCAGAGAACGACGUCGUUCCCUCCGUAUUCCUCACCAGCCAUUCGCUCUUCCACACAGCCUGCUCGGUUGUUGGCCCCCUAUCCUCUCGGUGCUGGAACGAUGGCUGUGGAUCAGUGAUAUCAGCCAAAACCCCUCUGUCCCCCACUUUCUCUUCCUCAGACUUCCAUUGGUUCAGAAAUUCUGCCGAAGCACGAUCUUUAGGCCCCUUGUGUGAGGCGUGGGAUUCUACCGACUGUGGCUCUGGUCAGAAGAACGCGAGUUCUCAUACAUACUCUUCGGUAUCUUGGUAACUCGGGGUCUCCAUAGCGGAAGGCUUUCCUCACUGGAACUAUCACAGCUUUUCAUUAGGACACUUUAUCUCACUAGAAACUUUUAAGAUUUUGCAUCUCACCAGGCUAUUUUGACGGUGUCGCUACGGCCGCCUGCUCAUAUUCGUUUACAUUUGCCCCUCUGUUCCACCCUUUCAGGCUGUGUCCGACCUGUCGCCUCCUUGAUUCAGCCCAAACCUCCAAAGACAAGUUGGCGACCGUUCCUCCACCAACCUGCAUCCUCAUCCAGAAAACGCAUUCACGCUUUCGAUGAGUAGCUACUGGAUCUCUCUAAAUAAGCUGAGACAAACCAGAGUGCAUACUUUAUGAAAGAGCAGUGCGUCUGUCCCAUCAGUGGUUGAAGGAAACACAUUUUCCAGGAUUGCUGACCCGGACCUUGAACGUGGGG